UAAUUUUUUGAAAUCUUGUUAAGCACCUUUUUUGAUUUAGAUUUAAAUUGAUUUUUUUAUGUAUACAUAAUAUAUCCAAAUGGCUGUCAAAUGUUAUUUAUUAGUAAUUUCAUUGGUUAUGUGUUGCUUUAAUUUAUUGGCUACCACUUCAAUAAGCGAUCGCAUAUAUAUUACGGAUGACCAACGUAUCCAACAGUGCCAACAAAUACAUCCCAAUUAUAAUUAUGAUGAGCUGGAUGAGGAGGAUCAAAUUAUUUACCUGAAAAAAAGUUGGUCUAAACAACAAAAACAAUGCAAUCACUGGUCAAUUACUGGUUGUUUGCAGUGAUUAUUCACUCAUCAUAUCUGAUGUCAAAUAAUUUGGUCGAUGGCUUGGAUUUUACUAAACGACAUAACGAUUACACACUAAUUGACAUAAAAAAGACUACUUUAUGCAACUAUGCCGGCGGACCAAAAGCACUGGGAAUGGAGUCGGGAGUCAUACCCGAUGACGACAUAACCGCCUCUUCGUCAUACAAUCAGCAGAGUGUCGGACCACAAAAUGCACGAUUGAACCGAGAAAUAGCGAGUGGCGCCUGGUGUCCGUCCAGACAGCUAACAGCACCGCUAUCGGGUACCGAAUGGAUUCAAGUCAACUUACAUAGUCUAUAUGUGGUGACCGGUAUUGCCAUUCAGGGCCGGUUCGGUAAUGGUGUCGGUGUUGAAUAUGUCGAGGGAUUUUGGAUUGAAUAUUCCAGAGAUAACGGCACCAAUUGGCAUAAAUGGACCGAUCAUACAGGCAAUCAUAAAUUGCCCGGAAAUAUCGAUACUUAUACUGUGGUUAACCAUGAAUUGUCCCACCCGUUAGUCGGCGUAAAUCUGGUCAGAAUCGUGCCGUUCGCCAGUCAUCAGAGGACUACUUGUCUGAGACUUGAGUUAUACGGUUGCAAACAACGAUUCCUUCCCAUAGCCUAUUCAAUGCCAAACGGAUACGAUAGCGACCGUUUCGGUGAUUUGGUUGACAUGACUUAUGAUGGACAACACGACUUUCAUAGAUACCUAUCCGGAGGCAUCGGCCAAUUGAUCGAUGGUAUCAAAGGUGACGACAACUAUAAGGUUAAUAAAGGCUUUGAAUGGAUCGGAUGGAAGUCUGAUGGAGAGCCCAACAGUUCAAUACAAAUCAUAUUUCAAUUUUCAAAACAUGAAAACUUUACGUCCGCGAGCUUUCACUGUCAUAAUAUAUAUUCACAAGACAUGGAAGUGUUUUCAUCAGCAAAAAUAUGGUUCAGUUUUGAUGGUAAAACUUGGUCCAAAAAACCGGUAGAGUUUUCAUAUAUGGCCGACAAUGUGAUUGAAAAGGCAAGAGAUGUAGUCAUUCAUUUGCAUCAUCGCAUCGGAAAGUUUGCAAAGUUUGAGCUCAAGUUUGCCAAGAAGUGGCUACUCAUUAGUGAAGUGUCUUUUAAAUUGUCUAAACUUGAACACAAUUUUACCGAAAGCUAUCACCACUUGGAUUACGCAGAAGCCUUAACACCGAUAACAACGGCUGGCAUACACAGCAACCGAUUUUUUAUGAGUGAAACCAUUGUUUUAAUAGCCUUUGGUAUUGUCUUUACCGUAAUUUUCAUCGGAAGCAUAGUUUUCAUUAGAUUUCAUAUGAAAAGACGAGAUAAAACGGGACAUAUUGGUCACGAAAUUUCCCAUUCAAUAAAGGAUUUGGCCACAUCUCCGCUGUAUUGUGAACCCAAAGAUUUUAGCCCAUCCCGGAGCUCAUCAUUCAAUGAUCCUGAAUAUGCUGUUCCCGAUGUUGCCCUAACUAACCCAAACCUGACUCAAUCUAACCAAAACUCAACCACACUAUCCAUAUCAUCGACAAAGUCAACACCGAAACAUUUGAUUGAAAAUCCAUUCAUAACUCACCAGAAAUACUAUGCGUCCACUGAUAUCCUUAAAUCGCCGAAAACUUUGUCAAACAAUAACUUUAUCAAAACCAAUGGAUCGACAUUUAAAUACAGUAGCAAUGGUCAGAACGACGGCAAUGUCGACCUCAAGUGUAUACCGAAGAUCAACGAAGAGGACAUUGUUUUGAUUCGUUCGCCGUUUGGUUCGUCAAAAUUUGGUGAACUUUCAAUUGGCAAAUAUCAACCACGAAUGCGAUUGCAAACCAAUGACCAAAUGGAUAGCGAAAGUCUUGUUAUGGUUAAGGCUUUACGUAAUGAGAAAUUGAAGAAUGAAUUUUAUCACGAAAUGAAGUCCAAGUGGUUUAUAUCGGCUAAAAGCGACCGAAUCGCUAAAAUCUUUGGUUUCAUAUCGGAGCCAAACUUCACGGCUAUGGUUCUCGAGGUCGGCGACUGUGAUCUCAAUCACUUUUUGAACAAUUGUGAUAACAAACAAAUAAGCUAUCAAACGUUGAUAUACAUUGCCAGUGAAGUGGCGUCAGGUAUGAAAUACUUGGAAACGUUAGGUUUCGUUCACAAAGAUCUGGCGGCCCGUAAUAUAGUGGUCUAUACACAAAAUCUGGUCAUAAAAAUUGGUGAUUCCGGUGCCUACGAAUCGUCCAAUCAAUGCGAUUACGUAAACGGAAUGGCCAUCCGAUGGGCGAGUCCUGAGUCUCUAAUUCACGGACAGUUCACCACAAAAUCUGACGUUUACUCAUUUGGCGUACUUUUGUGGGAAGUACUCACCUAUUGUUCAAUGAAACCUUUCCAUACCGUCGAUGACCAGUCAUUCCUUAAAGCAGUUGUCUCUAUUUAUGAACAGAUAGCUAAUAAUAUUGAGUGCACUUACAAAGAUAUAUAUUGUCAUCCGUUUAGCGAUGACAACAAUCACCGCAUUCUGGCUCAGCCGCGACCCGACGGCUGUCCCGAAGAGAUAUACGAUCUGAUGCUCGACUGCUGGCAAACAAACGACAGCUCGCGGCCAACGUUUCGCGAGAUUUCACUGUUUUUGAACCGAAAAACUCUGGGAUUUCAAAAACCGAUUGCCAUUUAAAAAGCCAUAUAUUGUUAUCAUUUAAAUAUCUGAUGAUUGGUCUCUAACUAACCAUCAGAUAAUUUAUUGCAAUACAAUUGAAUUCAGUUUCAAUGUGUGUUUGUCAGCACUCGAGUCAAUCAAUUAAUCACUAAUCAAAUGAUUUUUUU